AGGAAACAUUGUGGCUCACAUGGCCUGCCAUGGACCGGCGGCUGAAAAGAAAAGCCAGUGACAGGAGGCAAUGCCUGAAGGCAAGGGAGGGCGGAAGGGGAGGCGCAACCAAGCCAGCGGCAAGGGGCAGCAGACCAAUGCUGCAGGUCCUGCAUCUGACGCCGCUGAGAGCCAGCGUCUGCGCAAGGAGCAGCAACAAGUGCUGGAGGAACUCGCUCAGACCGAAAAGGAGGAAGGCUUCGAAUCUGCUGCGGCCUUGCUGGAGCGCAGGGCUGCCAACUUGGCUCCAGGCCCCCUGGCGCGAGCGCACUUGGAGCUGGCCGAGCGCGCCAAGAGAGUCUCCAGUCUUCAGCAGGUGAAGUACCACAUGGGCCAAGCCCUAAAGGCACAACCUCGGGCUUCGCAGGUUUGGCUGGAUAUUUGCCGCACGCUGGAGGAGUUGGGUGAGCUGGAACAGUGCCGCUAUCUUCUGGAGCGAGCACUGGAGAGCUGCACUCCCACUGACCAGCUGGCGCUGAGACUGGUGCGAGUGCUGGAGCGACUCGGUGACUUGGAGGCCAUGCGCGCAUUGGUUGGCACAAUGCGAUCAGACCUUGACAAGUCGCACAAGGUUCUGAUCGAAGCUGUGCAUGCCGAGGUUCGCAUGGGCAACGGUGAAGUGGCACGGUCCAUUCUGCAAAGCAUUUUGAAGCGCAUGCCACAGCAGGGCCCCAUCUACUGCGAGGCGUGCCGUGUGGAGAGUAUCCUCGGCCACUGGCAGGAAGCGCUUGAGACGGCGGAGCAAGGUGUACAGAUUUGCCCCAAGUAUGGCCCACUUUGGUUCGUUCUGCUUCGCCAAGCUGAGAAGCUUUAUGGAGCUGCGGCUGUAAAGGAGUAUGCGCCCAACGCCAUUGCCAGCAUAUGCAGCGAGCUGCACUGGAAGAUCUAUUUCGAGGUGGCCACGGCAUGCAGCAGAGAAGGGGCCCUGCCACAGUGCCGGCAAAGCAUCGGACGAGCUGCGUUGCAGUGCCCCAGGCACCUGCGCUGGAAGGUGUGGCUGUUGGCCGCCAGGGCGGAGCUCUGGGACGGAUCCGCCGAUGCCUGUAGAAGGCUGCUGGCGCAGGCAAGGAUGGACGCACCCAGCCGAAUGCAGGUGGCCGUUUGCAUCGAGCGUGCUCGCACCGAGGAGUUCCUUGGCAACCUCACGGGUACGCGGGUUGCCUUUGGGGAAGCCCACAAUUGCGAAGGCCACGACUGGAAGGUGUUUCUGGAGCACAUCUUUAUGGAGGCGCGACAGGGCUGCCUCCAGGCAGCGGUGAGCACGGCCAUGUGUGCGCUAGAGCUGCACCCAGCCACGGGCCGCCUGUGGUCAGCGCUUGUAGCGCUGCAUCAUUCGGGCGAAGGGGCGAGUGCAGCUUUGGAGACCUUCAAGAAAGCAGCCCAGGAGGUGGCGAAAAGCGGCGAGGUUUGGUGUGAAGGUGCGCGAAUCUUCAUGAAUCCGCUGGGGCCACACUUCAACCUGCAGCGCGCGGGCAAGUGCUUGGAGUUUGCCGUGCACCUGACUCCUCAGUAUGGCGAUUCCUUUUUGGAGCUCUUCCGACUUCGCUUUCUGUUGGAGCUCAGGUCUUGGAUCCGGGCCGAGCCGCUCAUGCUUGGCCUGGGCACACCAGGAGCUUGGGAUGCAAGGCGAUACGCCGUCUUGGCCCUGGUGCUGCACAGGAUUUGCCAUCGAGCGGCGCAGGCCUUGAGGUGCCGAAAUUUUCCACUCACCGUCCAGCGAGGGCAGGACGAGUUCCAGACUGCCCAGGACCUGACUACGGAGGGCGCGCCUCCGGUGGCUUUGAAUCGCUUGGAGAUCUUGUGCUCCUAUGCCGAUCCGAACUAUGGCUUCUUGUGGUUUUGGUGUCGCAGCAGCUCUCUGAGUACUCCGCGGGAGGUAAUGGAGAGAAUGGCGGAGGAAAUCCUGCGAGAUUUUCUGCGUGGGUCUUUGCGCGUCUACGUGUGGGCACUGGUGUGCCAAAUUGCAGGUGCUGAUGCAGAGACAGCUCAGCAGCUGCGGCAGGAGGCAUUGCAAGAGGAUCUGGAAUAUUUUGAGGAGGACGAGCGGGCCGACAUGGAGGACAGCCCAGCAGCGCCCCACACGAGGCGUGCGCCAGUGGAGGCAGACUUUGCCCUGGGCAGCAUGCGGCUUUCCAGCUGCUUCCUGCAGAGUGUGACGUGCUUGAGUAGCUCGGAGCGGCGGCGCCUGAUCUUUGGGUCGGAUAUUCUUUCCAGCUGAGCUGCGGCAUUUCCCGUGGUGGACACCUGGCUCAGUGUCGGCCGGGCCUGGCCAGUCGAUUCAUUUAGAUCACGACCUUCGAUAAACGA